AAAGGCAUAAGAAAUGCAAAAGAUUGGGGUGCCAUUCCAUACUCGUGAUGUGUUUCUUCUGUGAGAGCAUAGUGAUUAACUCACUUCUCUAUGACUGUCUUCUUAUUUGAAAGUAAAUAAUGGGAUCAUCUGUGGAGUGGUUAGUAAGAAUAAAAGCAUUGCCUAACAUGAAUAGGUCCCUCCAGAGCGUGUGCUUAAUAUUCUAGGUAUAGAGCAAUUAGCUGGGGGGAUUAAAAACAAAAAACAAACAAAAAACAACAUCAACGAUUAAAAUAAAUUUUGAAUGCUGGGAUUAAGGCGUGUGCCAACAAACACAGGUCCUGUCACAAUUCUAGCAGUCGCCAGCAGAGAGAGCUGUGAGGUAGUGUGUGCUUCUUCCUUUCCAAGAUACCCCAUGGCCUCAGGCCUGUAUCCAGUGAGCUGGAAUGUAGAGCAGCCUAGUUGAAAGUCCUGUUGUGUUGAUUACCUGAGACCAUAUGAGUUAACUCUCUUCUUCAUGCCUUUUUUUCUUAUUUGAAAGUAAAUAAUGUGAUCAUGUGUGGUGUGGGUGGUAAGAGUAAAAUCUUUAACAUGAAGAAUAGUGCCAUGAAGAGUGUGGGUAACAUUCUAGGUACAGAGCAAAUAGAGGGAUUACCAAAGAAAGCAAUGGGAAUUCUAACAAUAAUUACAAAAAAAGAAGAGAAAAAAAGAGAAAAAAACCCUUAUGGGUGCUGGGAUUAAAGGCAUGUCUCAACUCUGACCAGCAUUGUAGGUAUUUCCAAUAAAAUAUUUAAAAAAACAAACAAUCCUAUUAUUAUUUUAGCAAUUGCAGCAGAGAAGACUGAGAGAUCGUGUGCUGCUGCCGCCAUGCCAUGAUCCUGUAACAACAACUGCCUUGGUGAUAGGAGCCUGUAUGCAGCAGGCCUCUUGGUGGGCCUGUCAUCUCAAAAACAGAUGCUUCAGUCAUCUAAAAGAGUGGACUCCAGUAUACUUCAGGCCAGGAAAGAAGCCAGCCACCAUGAGUGAAAGAACAAAGGAAAAAUUACAUUGGAAAAAUGUGUGCCUUAUUUGGAAGAAAUGACCCUAAACUUCUGAGGCGUCCACCAUCUCCACCCCUCUUUUCUGAGUUUUGCAUAGCGAUGUUGUACAACUCCAGGUGGGAGUCAAAGGCAGAGCCCUUCCCAGAGAAGACAGACAUGAUUUUCACUCUUACGUCUGUGAGGUUAGGAGGCAUCAUAGCACAGAUUGAGCGCACCUAGGAGAGAAGAACACAGAAGCCACACAUGACAAUGCCAAAUGGACUUUCCCCUGAACUUAGGGACCCACUAAAAUUGAGGUUUAACCUGACCUCAGGCCAUUCGACUCCCUCCCCAUCCUGCUGAUUCUUAUAUUUGCUAGGAGUAAAGUAUCAAGGGGCAACCCCCGAUAUCCUCGUGCCUGGACUUGGAAAUGAAGGAAGACAGAUAUUGGAGAAGUGAUGGCUGUUGGGCUACAAUGUAGGAACACGCAGUCCAGGUUGACCUUUGCUCACUGAUGACCAAUUUAAUUGUCUGGCUAUAUUUGAGAAAGGAAGAUGUCCAACUUAAUAUGUAAAAGAAGGGACAGAAAUUUAUGAUUUUAUAUUUGCCCUGUAGUUAAUCCCCCUAUAUUCCCAAGAAAAGGAAGUUUUUAUUGCAAAAAGUAGGAUUGUAAACCAUUGACUUUGUGAAAUACAUGGACGUUUAUGUGGAAAUACUGCUGGCUAUCAAGGAAUACACAGUAAGCAAAUAUUAUUCAGGUUUUAUAAAAUUAAAAGUAUAGGAGAAAUAUAUUGGCCUCUAGGAAACAGGGAAACUUUGGGAAUUGGACUGUAUGUAUGUGCAUUGUCUCAGGUGUAGAUUUAUUAUUAAGAGAAAUCUCCCUCAUUUAUGGUCCCUAGGGAUUUGGGUGCUAACAAAAAUCUCUUAUCCAAUUCAGGGUUGUAACCAACUCUCCCCAUCACGAGAAUUGAUGACACCCGAUGAAGCAGAGAGAAAUAUCUAACUUUGGAGGAGAAGUUGCCAAAGGAUAUUCCCUGGGUCACAGGAGAGGCUGCAGAAAAGGGCCCCAUAGAAAUUGGUUGCUUUUGGGAGAGCUGGGUAGCAGGGAGGCCAUAGAACUUCCCAGUGACGUCAUCAGUAAUCUCUUCCUUGGACAAUAUCUUGUAUAUAAGAGAGCACUAGAAUCUUCUGUGACGUCACCAGUGUUGUGGUGACACCAACUGCCUGUGGGAUUCCUUCAGUGCCUUUUGGGUUCACAAACAGGCAUGUUUCACCAGCUGCUCAAGCUCUUUCAGAAGGAGAGGGGAGACCAAGGAGAGACCAGACCGAGGCAGAAGAAAGCUGGCCUUCUGUCUUGGUUUAUUAGGAAGGCAUCAUCAGAAAAUUUCAUCAGUAACCAUGAAAAGCGUAUAAAGAAAUUGGAGGAACUAAAAUCUGAAAUCCAGAAGUGUAAAAUCGAGCGGGAUGAACUUUCUCGAAUCCUGGACCUUUAUGUCAAUGAUGGUUUGAACUACAGGCUGAGUGUUGAAUUGCCAAUGCUUAAAUCCCAACAUGAGAUGAGAACGAUGGACAUGCAUAAGAUGACCAACUGGAUAAGUGAUGCCAUGGAGAAGUACAAGGAGCUCACACAAGAGAAUAAUUCCUACCGCAUCAGAAACUUCCACCUCCUGAAUGAAUGCAAUGAAUUGAAGAAGAAUGUAAGGAUUUUGAUGAAUGAGAACAGAAAACUGCUGGUGGAGCAGACUGAACUGCAAGCAUCCUGUGAGGAGGGAAAGAGGUUCUGUGAGGAGGCCAGCAAGACCAUGUACACCGCAGAUAUUGAAUCCUUGUGUCCUGUUACUUUUGAGUACAUCGAAUGUAUCCUUGUGAAUCAAACAGUGAUCUCGAACUCGUCACUCUUAAGAACCUUCUUUAUUGAAGUGUGAUGUAACCAUCUGAAAUCCCACCGCUCUCAGGCAGAGAUGGAUCUCUGCAUUCUCACAGGGAUUGGGCAUCAUAAUUACUUCCCAGUCAGACUGAGAUACAAAGACAAUUGUACUUUCAGUGAGAUUGUGUGUCAAACUCUGAAUACCAACUUCAUGAUGAAAAAAUUAUCAAUGCUGUAUCCUUAUCAAAUAUUUAGCCACCGCUAAAAUAUACUCUUUUGUGGAUGAGAGUGUUGAACAUAUUAAUGGAAUAUUCACCAGGUGUUCUGUAGUACCUCACAGGAAAUAAAACAAUAUUAUUAUAGGGAGUAUAGAAGCAGUCAUGAAACAGAUUUGCUUGCUUUUGGUUUCCUUCCAACAUGAUAUCAAUUGUAACUGCACAGAGGAGAUAAUAAAUUGCAAGACCUUUCAGGG